AUGGCGGACUCAGAUACACCGAAAGGCCCACCUCCUGGCUACGAUGAAGCCGCCUCGGAGAACACCGCUGCUACGCGCCCUCCCCCUCCAGCAGGCCUGCGUCGGGGCCCUGCGCCGCUCGACAUUCCCAUCAUCAAACACCUCAACUCGAAGCGAGUCAUCCUGGCCUCAGCAUCGCCCCGCAGGAAGGCUCUUCUGCAGCAGGUUGGCAUGAGAAAUCUCGAAAUCACACCCUCCACCAUCCCGGAAGACCUGGACAAGUCGAUAUACGGCCCAUGGGAGUACGUUUCCGAAACUGGCCGUCGUAAAGGCCUCAACGUCUAUCAAAAAUCGCUCGAGACGCAUCUCAACUCCAUACCCGACCCUGACCUCGUCAUCUCCGCCGAUACCGUCAUCGUCACCCGCGAGGGCCGCAUCCUGGAGAAGCCGCGAAGCGAAGCCGACCACAUUGCCAUGCUCAAGCUGCUGCGCGACUCUCGGAUGCAUCGCGUCUUGACCUCGGUGACUGCAAUUGCGCCCCGAGAAGAUGCGCGCCACCCGGGCUACGACAUGGCGACACAAACGGUGGAGACCAAGGUCUACUUUUACAGCGAGGAGGACGGUCUGCCGGAUGAUGUCAUCGAGGCAUACGUCAAGACGCGUGAAGGUGUUGAUAAGGCUGGCGGGUAUGGUAUUCAGGGUAUCGCCGGGCUGCUCCUCAUUGAGAAGAUCGAGGGCAGUAUGGACAAUGUCAUUGGCCUGCCCGUGCAGAAGACAUUGCAACUGGCGGAAAAGGUCAUUUUCCGCCAGGAUGAAGUAGACUUUGAGGGUGAAGAAGCAGAGUCGGAUGGGUGA